AUGAGUUAUAAAAGAUCUGGGGUUGCAUUAUUCUCAAUGGAACCUCUGAAUGAACCCAACGGAAUUAAGUUGGUCGAAGAUGCUAAACAGUAUCUAGACAGUCCGAAUUCCUGUUGGCGAAAUGCUUAUAGGAAUCUUUUUGCUACAUGCCCUGCAAUCCUCUUGGACAACGAGAAGAAAUCUAGACUUGCAUGGGAGUUAAGUGAUUGUUUUCAAAAGGGUUCUGGUCGUGCUUCUUUUCCUAAGUGUGAUUCUCGCGCUAAGAUGCAGACAUGUUGCAAGAAAUUGGACGAUUCAGCGCAUAAAAUAUACCAUGGAUAUUAUCUUAAAACAGAUUCGAUAUGUCAUCAAUUACAGGCGGACGCAUUUAAGGAUGAAACAGAAAGACUUGUGAAUGGCUUGAAGAAAUCUGCAGAAUUGGCAGAGGAAAAAUUAGAAAACAUCCAAGAGAAAUCUGAAACUCUUGUGCAAAAAUCAGAUGAAAUUGAUAAGUCGAUAACAUCCUUAGAUCGACAAACACAACUAGUAGCCGAGACUACAAAAACAGUUCAAAACCAGAUGGAUGUUCAAUUAAAACAUUCUAAUAUUGUCUUCGAAAAAUCAAAGGAAAUUGUAGCAUCUCAAUUAAAUUUACUAGAAGGACAGUCAGAUAUGAGAACAGUGAUGGCAAUGCUUCAUGAAUCUCAUGAGAACUUAAGCCAUAAUGUUGACAAACUAAAAAAUGAGGCUGUAGAAAUAGGAAAAGAAAUUAAUCAAAGAUUUCUUUAG